GUACUUCACUCUAGUUGCUACAACCCUGGCAAUCAAAAAGAAGAAUUGAACAAAGACGGAAUAUAUAUACCUUUCUCUUUCUUCACCUUUCAAAAACUUCAUAUUCAUAUUUCAUAUUUUUCUGAUCAAAAUUGACGUUUUUGAGUUUAUUUUGAAAACACCCGGUAAGAAAAACUAAUUUUCCACAUUUUCCAUAACUAUUUUGGGCUUUUUCAAAACAAGAUUUUGAUUAUAAACACAGGAAACAUCAUAUAGUUUCAAAAGUUAAAAUGGAAAACCAGUUAUUAAACGUUACACAAGCUAUAGAAAAACAAGUCGACGCUGCUAUAGAACAAAUAGAUAAUCUAGAUGUGAACGAUCUGGAACAACUCCGUAAAAACAGAGUAAAGGAAAUGCAAAAACUGGAAGAAUUGAAGAGAGAAUGGCUUAAAAACGAUCACGGAAAAUACGAAGAAAUGCCCGAGGAAAAAUGUUUCUUUGAUUUAAUCAAGAAGUCGGAUAAUCUAAUAAUACAUUUCUUCACAAAUUCAUCUGAACGGUCUUUGAUACUCGACAAACACCUGAAGAUUUUAGCUCCAAAACAUCUGGAAGCUAGGUUUGUGAAAUUCAAUGCAGAAAAAUGUCCGUUUUUAGCUGAGAGACUAAAAAUUAAGGUUAUUCCAACGAUAGUUCUUAUUCAAAAAACUAUUCUAGUUGAUAAAGUGGUCGGGUUUACGCAGCUAGGGAAUAGGGAUGAUUUUUCUACAGAGACUUUGGAAUGGCGUUUGGCACAAAACGAGGUUAUUAAGUAUGAAGGGGAUUUAACUACACCACCAGAUCAACAAGAAAAUAAGAAAUCUAAAGGUUAUGGAAAAAAGAUUCGUGAUAGUGCAUAUGACAGAGACGACGAUGAUUUAGAUAUUGAAGAAUACGGAAUAAAAAACGAUAAUAAUAUCAAAGGAGAAAGUUUGCUUCAAGUUAAAAGUUCAGCAUUGUCAACUGAAUUGACUCCAGAAGAGUUGGCAGAACUGGAAUUACUAGAUUAGUGAUUUUUAGUUUCAUUUUUUUUUUGUACUGUUGUGAGUCUGUUAAUUCUUCUUGUAUGCGUGCCUUUUUUAUAUAAAAUGAUCAUGUGAAAUAAUAUAGUAACAGCUU